GUUUUUAAAUACUCUCGGGCAAGAAUAUUAUUAUAAGCUUUUCUUACGUAACUGUGUAAACUCAUCAGAUCAAGCAAGCAUGCAUUUGGUUUGUGAUCAAGUGGUUUGUGUUACAGGAGCCGGAGGAUUCAUUGCUUCAUGGCUCGUCAAGUUACUCCUUGAGAAAGGUUACACUGUUAGAGGAACUGUCAGAAAUCCAGAUGAUCCGAGAAAUGAUCACUUGAUGGAGCUUGAAGGAGCCAAGGAGAGAUUGAGAUUGUACAAAGCUGAGCUGCUCGAUUACAAUAGUUUAUUUGAAGCCAUUAAUGGAUGCGAUGGUGUAUUUCAUACCGCAUCGCCAGUAUCGGAUGAUCCAGCAUUGACGGAAUCGGCUGUUACCGGAAGCAAGAACGUGAUAAUUGCAGCCGCGGAAGCUGAAGUCGGACGGGUGGUGUUCACGUCAUCAAUAGGGGCGGUAUACAUGGACCCUAAUACAAGCCCCGACGAGAUCGUUUAUGAAACUCGUUGGAGUGAUCUCGAUUUUUGCAAGAAGACUAAGAACUGGUAUUGCUAUGGAAAAGUAUUGGCAGAACGAGCUGCGUGGGAAGAGUCCAAAAAAAGAGGGGUGGAUAUGGUGGUAAUCAACCCGGUGUUAGUGAUCGGGCCAUUGUUGCAGCCUACUAUCAACGCUAGCACGGUUCAUAUCCUCAAAUACCUCAAUGGCGCUGUCAAGACUUAUGCCAACUCGGUCCAGGCUUAUGUCCAUGUUAAUGAUGUCGCGGCUGCACACGUUCUUCUCUUUGAGAAUCCCUCAGCAGCAGGAAGAUAUAUCUGUUCUGAAAGCUCGCUUCAUCGCGGUGAGGUGGUGGAAAUUUUGGCCAAGUUUUUUCCUGAAUACCCCGUGCCUACCAAAUGUUCUGAUGAAAUUAAGCCUAGAGCAAAGGCAUUAACGUUUUCAAACCAGAAGCUGAAGGACAUGGGACUUGACUUCGUGCCCGUGAAGCAAUGCCUAUAUGAAACUGUCAAGAGCCUGCAGGAGAAGGGUCAGCUCCCGGUUCACGAUCAGGAAAUAUAAGACGAUGUUUGAUAAUGAGCUAGCUAGGUUCAUACAGGGAGAAACAUCCCCUUCACUUAACUAGAUAAGCCUCUAUGUUCCUGUCAAAGAAAUAAGGAAGAAUCUAAGUACGUGUAAUUUACUUUAUAUAUGAUGCAAAGUAUAUGUGAUGUAAGCAUCAAUAUGAUAUCAAAAAUUUGUAUUUAUUAUUUUUUAUUAUUUAAUUACGGUCCCAAACUUAAAUAUA